GUGCGAGAAAUAAUUUGACAGAAGGAUGAAGCGCGCUAGACAUCAUGUGCUACGAGCAAGCCCAGUUAAAAUUUGUACACUACGGCUGCGUACGCACCUGCGUGGAGGGAGGGUCAUUUCAGCACGAAACUAUGUCUCUGCGCUUUAUGCCGACCUUCAGGUCCUUGCGCGUCAAUAAAAUUGCCGUAUGCAAUUGCAUCAGGCAAAAACACACAGAAAAGUCGUCUGCUUUGUCAGAUGAAGUCCACGGAAUGCUUAGAGUGGACCAUGCUGGAGAAUUCGGAGCAAACAGAAUUUACGCCGGACAAAUGGCCGUGCUUGGGAGAACAAAAUCUGCAGCUCUUAUCAAACAUAUGUGGGAACAAGAAAAGGAGCACAAAAAGAUUUUUGAAGACCUGAUGGUCAAGCACCGAGUUCGACCAACAGCUCUAAUGCCAUUUUGGCAUAUUGCUGGCUUUGCGCUUGGAGCAGGAAGUGCGUUGCUUGGCGAAAAAAGCGCCAUGGCCUGCACAGUUGCUGUUGAAGCGUCAAUCGUUGAACAUUACAACGAUCAGCUCAGAAAAUUGGCCACGGAAAAUCCAGAAAAAUAUGGGGAAAUCAUGGAUGCCAUCAAAAAGUGCCGAGACGACGAGCAAGAACAUCACGACACGGGUUUGGAAAAAGGAGCCGAGCAGGCUCCCCUUUACAAAGCAAUGACAGCUGUGAUUCAACUAGGUUGCAAGGCAGCCAUUGCGUUGUCCACCAAGAUAUAAAUUAGCAUAAGAUCCGUCUUUGCAUUUCUCAAAAUGACUGAGCAGGAAAAAAAAUAAACUCGCCAGUAAAAUGUGCUACAUACCGCCUUCACAAUGCCGACCUUGAAACCCUGGCAGACAGCUGCAAACCCCCGGAGCAAUACAGCUGCCUCCGUUCAUGCACUGGGGGUAGCACAGCGCCGUCUGGCAGUACUGGCCCAUGUAGCCUUCAGGACACUGGCAUAUCUUCUCUGCGUUGCACCACCCGUCGUUCGCGCACUUUUUGUCGCACUCUGGGUCUGGCCCUGCGCCCAUGACUGGUGGUCAGAUAAAAUUUCCCUCUCACUAAUUCAAUUUUGACAACAUUUUUUUUUUCUUUAAAAUCUAAUGUGUUCUAUUAUUUUUCUUAGGAAUAUUUGAAAAUAAUGAGAAGAAAAUAAUACACACCUCUCUGGGCACAUUCCUUCCUAAGACUCACUCUUAAAGACAUUUCUUCGCUUGGUUUGCCUUUUCGAGGCUCAAUUUUGAGGCCGAUACUAAAUCUUGCGAUUCCCCAUCCAUUUCCCGAGCACGGUAGUUUAACGCUAAAAGCUGGCCGGAGAAUAAAUAAUUAAAAAUUGAUGAACCUUCUAAUAUUCAACUUAGUCUACCUUUGGGCCUUUUUGGUAUGCGACCCUUGACGGGAAUUGAAAUUUGUGGUGAUUCAAGAAUUUGCUUGUUGUGUGACUCAAGUUUGUCAAAAUGGUAAACAUAUUUCCUUACGCCAGACUGCCAAGUAAAAUUCACAUAGCCAACCUAUGA